UAAGAUUCUGUAACUUCAACUCUCGUAGCCUACAGAUGUCUUUCAACCGUCCAGCCCGUCAAAGCAGACUCCAGUCUCCUCUUGUUCCCUCUCAUCUCGCGUCUCGUCCACCUCAGUUCUCGUGCGCACGAAAUUCCCUUUGAAUUGGCCGCUCACGUGCGAAGGCUCAGUGGCAAACACACUGAGACACAGACAGACAGACAGACAGACACGAUCUAUGUCAGCAAGAAAGCAGCAAAGAGACACCUUUACCUGCCAAAGUGAUUGCAGUAGGCGACUGCGUCUCUGAAGUACAGCUCCCUUGAUUUCUUGCCCAGAGCAGUCCAUUCAUGCUGAGGUUCAUUGCGCUUUUUCCAGGUGCGUGGCUUCGAAGUAUGGGACCACUGGUCUUCCCUGAACGGCGACGCGUCACCUUCAAUCGACGCGAUUUUGGCGAGAGAUUCCACUGCCUUGGUGACUCUCUCUGUGUCCCGCAUUCCGUCCUGGCAGUAUUCUCUCAUCGCGUCGUAUGUGGUUUCAAGAAGGGGCUGGACUGAUUUAUCCUUCUUGCCAGGUAGACAGCCACGUUGCCACGAUACCUUGUGGUCGAACGAGUUCGAAGGGUCAUGUGUGCGAUGGCCAGAGGGAGGCCCGCGAACGAGAUUACCUGCGUACACAGCGAAUUGGAGAGCAAACAAGAGGUGGAGCCGCCGCUCCUCACUACGCACACAGUGUGAGAGCUUACCAGGCAUCCAGGUCAGGCUGUACGCGAACUUGCCGCUAUAUUCCAGUUCUGUUGUGCGACCCUCCAGCAUGUCUUCCAGCCAGUUCUGCCACGCUGAGACAUGAUCCGGCUUGACUGGACUCUCGAACGCGUAGCCUGCAUUUAUCAGAGGAUGGCUGUAACAUACAUGGACUUAUUCUCAACCAUAGGACUUGCCUUCUGCGUGAUCGAUGAGACUGCAGCCACCAACAUAUAUAUACAGGCAUACAUACAUACAGGCAUACAUACAGACAGACAGAGACUCAUUCGUAUGUCGUGUUCCUUCAUUCCCUCCCUUCCGCCUGCCCACUCACCUUCGGAUCAGCGGGGUGGCCAGCUUCAGGUGGGCUGAUGAGCAAACAAGGAGGUCCCACCAAUCGACAAUCAAGCUCUGCAGGUACGUGAUAAUUGACCCAUCUGAUAAUCAGACAACACGUCGCCGGGAGCAGCCGCCAAACCUUGGGAAUGACAUGGUGAUAUCCCUGCUCAAUCGGUGAUGUCUAGUUUGUCUCCUUUGUGAACGGCCGACAUUUGAUCUUGUUCUUCUUUAUCUGAAGCGCCAGCCCCUCAUCGCUGCACUCUACCUUGUCUCCGCCGGGGCACUUGGUGAAAGGGGUCUCGGAAAGGUCAACGAAGUGGGGAGAGGCUGGUGCCGUCGCGAAGAUAAGGAAGACGAGAGCCGUGACGCGCAGACAAAUUGAGGUAGACAGAACCAUCAGAUCGGCGCUAAGACUCGAUUGCC